CAGCCUACUUAUAGCCACGAUCAGGCUACAUUUCUCAUUCCCCCUCCACCUGUGCCAAUGGAGGAUCACAUCUUGAAAGCCAUGGCAACCUCUGUUGCCUUUCUAGCUGUCCUUGGUUUGAUGAUGAUGGUCCAUAUUUUCUGGUGGAGGCCCAAAAGUGUUGAGAGGACAUUAAGGAAGCAAGGAAUCAGGGGCACUUCGUACCGGGUCUUCACAGGAGACGAACCAGAAAUGAAGAAGUCCGCCAAAGACUCAUCCGCUAAACCUAUCGCCCUCAACGCCGAAAUCAUCCCUCGAGCCAUUCCUUUCUAUAACAACAUGGUCAAGCGAUAUGGAAAAGUUUCGUUAUGUUGGUUUGGAAGCAUUCCGAGGCUGAUAAUAGGGGAUGCAGAACUGAUAAGGUUGAUAUUAGAGGAUAAAAAAGGUGAUUUUGUGCAUCAACGUCUUAACCCACUGGUGAAUCUCCAACACAAGGGUGUGGCGACCUUGGAAGGUGAAGAAGGGAGUAAACGCAGGAGGCUAAUAACUCCUGCUUUCCACUUUGAAAAGUUGAAGGGAAUGGUUCCUGCAUUUUCAAGUUGUUGCUGGAACCUGAUCGAGCGGUGGCAAAAGCUAGUGGAACCACAAGGGUGGUGUGAAAUUGAUGUUGCUCCGGAACUGGUAGCUCUGGCCUGUGAUGCCAUAGCUCGAACAGCCUUCGGAAGUAACUACCAAGAGGGAAAGGAGUUAUUUGAACUCCAGAAAAUGCAACUGCCAUUGCUGAUUGAAGCCUAUAACUCCAUCUAUGUCCCAGGCUUCAGAUUCGUACCGACAAGGAAGAACAGGCGGAGGUACCAAUUAUACAACAAAAUCAUAGCAUUGUUGAAGAAUAUGAUACAGCAAAGAGAAGAAGCAAUGAAAAGAGGAGAAUUGAGAGCAGGGCUUGAUUUAAUGGACCUACUAUUGCAGUGCAAAGAAGAGAGCAACAACGACCUGACAAUUGAGGAUGUGAUAGAAGAAUGCAAAUUGUUCUACUUCGCUGGUCAAGAGACCACCGCCACCCUCCUCACGUGGACCAUGAUCUGCUUGUCCAUACACCAGAAUUGGCAAGAGAAGGCAAGACAAGAAGUUUUAGAGAUUUGUGGCAAAAGAAAGCCUGAUUCAGGAACCAUUAAUCGCCUCAAGAUCGUAUCAAUGAUACUUCAUGAAGUGCUGAGACUGUUUCCCCCUCUGCCCGAUGUCUUCAGAUACACAGUGCGUGAAACCAAGAUGGGAAGCUUGUUGAUACCUGCAGGGGUUGAGCUGUGUUUAUCGGUGAUGCAUGUUCAUUAUGAUACCACUUAUUGGGGGGAUGAUGCUCCGGAGUUCAAGCCGGAGAGAUUCAGUGAAGGAGUUUCAAAUGCUUAUUCAGAGGAUCAAAUGGCUUUCUUUCCAUUUGGCUGGGGUCCAAGAAUAUGCAUAGGCCAAGCCUUUUCCCUGGUCGAAGCAAAGACGGUUAUGGCCAUGAUCCUUCAACAUUUCUCAUUUCAACUCUCCCCUUCUUACACUCAUGCGCCUUACCUUAACUGUAACAUCAAGCCACAGCAUGGUGCUCCUAUUAUUCUACGCCAUGUUUAGCCAAGUUAUACUUGGCUUUGUGUUGUAUUACUUGUACCGUGUUGUGGCUGACUGGUUGGUUUUGAAACCCCUCUAGUUACCUGUAAGAUGUUGGUGAUUGAAUAAUGUAAUAUGGCUGUGUAAAAUAUAAUAAUCUUUUGUCUAA